AUGACGCUCUUUGCGCUGAGCGCAAUCUUUGUGGGAAUGGUGCUGCUCUUUGUACUGCCCCCCAUGACGGCGGAGGAACGUGCUACUAUGCGUCUGCCGCGUUCCUUCCGCCAGCUCCAACAACUCAGCCAGGUCUUAAGCAAGUAUAACGAGGAGCACAUGGGGGCUGUCAUGUUCGUGUGGGUGUCGGUGUUUCUAUUUAUUCAAACCUUCUCGAUUCCUGGCGCCAUGUACCUAACGAUCCUGGCCGGCGCCCUGUGGAACGUCGUCAUCGCCCUACCGCUUGUAUGCUUAUCUAUUGCGAAUGGCGCGACGCUGUGCUACCUUCUCAGCCGGUAUGUGGGCAGCAUCGUGCGUACUAUGCCACGUUGGCAACAACGCAUUGAUACGUGGAAAGCGGUCACACAGCAGUACCAACACCAGAUGCUCUCGUACAUGACGAUGCUGCGCAUGAUGCCGUUCCCACCGCACUUCCUAGUUAACAUCAUGGCCCCGCAUCUCAACAUUCCACUCUUCACUUUUUGGCUGUCGACGCUGCUGGGUGUGUGCUGCUCGACCCUCGUGUAUACCGCUGUGGGCGACCAGCUCGGCCAGCUCGCGGGACCUCAGGCCUUUCGCCUAUUUACAUGGCGGAACGCUAUGCUUAUGACCCUGGUUAUUAUUGCUGUCACGCUGCCAGGCCUACUUAAAAGCCGAGUCCAGGCGCCAGAGGCCCAAGACACUCCGGGCCCAAUCCGCCUCCAAGACGCCGCUGUGCCGGCGCCAGGCUGGCUUCGCUUGGUACCACAUGCCUUGCAUUCAUGGAUCUAUCGGAUAUACCCCAGGCAGUCAAGCCCGAUAGACUCGCGCCCGCUGCGGCCCUCUAUGGAUGAGCAAGAUACGGACGAGUCGACGUUUGCAUGGCGCUCUGUGGCGCCAGAUUCGCCGGAACUACAUAUGCAUGCGCAGCGGGCGUACGAGGACGACGAGACAGAGUUUGGUCGCCCAUGCCGAAGUGAACAAGCUUGGCUCCUUUCCUACGUCCAGCGUGCAUCAGAGUUUACCGGACAAACACCAAGCACGCUCCGAUCGUGGUGGAAUAGAAGGCAACGGCGUGCUUAG